UAUGAAGAACACCGUCCUUGAAAAAACUUUUUUUGCUUAAUUUCUCUUCUUUUUUGGCGAAAUCAUGGGUUUUCUGGUUUUUUUUUUUUUUGGUUCUAUGAUUCGUUUUUGCAUGUUUCAAGUUCUGGGUUUUGUUCCUUCGAUUUAGCUUAAAGAGCUUUUUUCAAUGGGGUAAUGGUCCUUGAAAAAAAUGAGCGCUUUGUGUUUGAUGAAAGAUCUAUGAGAGCUUUAAGUAUGUUAGUUUAAGACAGUUUUGGUGAAUAAUUUAGUGGGGAUGUGAGGAAGUUUGAUGCUUAGCUAUAUAUUGAAAGAUUAAUGACCAGGGUGAUUGGAGAUAGGAUACUUAAGGAUGCCAAUGGUGAUAUCAGUGGUCAUCUACGAAACCAUAUUCAUUUGACUAAUUGUAUUCACUUGAAGAAUCAUAUGCAUAAACAUAGUCCUAUGUUGGCUGACCGAUCACUUAUGAGGGACCUUAUGGUCCUUCGAAGAUCCCGGUCCCUUAGGGACCCUUCUGCCAGUCCUCAAUCAUGGCAGUCACCUCCUGUUGUUGAUUUGGUUUCGAAGAACGAUGAUGAUGAGGGCAUUGAGAGGCAAAGGGAUGAAAGGAUGCUUUCGGUAAGUUCACCGCCUUUAGUUAAUUUCGCAAAUUCGAAAGUUGUUCCAGUUGAGGUCAAUGAAGGUGAACCUGCAAUUACUGAUCAUAGUAGUAAGACUGGAACUAGAGAUAGUAGAAAAAUUAGGAGAGAAGAAGCUAGUAGGCGAAGUGGUAGGGUUGAUCUUUAUGGUGAAAAUAAGGAGCCUGAAGGGUUUACCUCGCGUAAUUCGGGACGGAAGGAUAGGAAGAGUAGAAAACAAAAGGGGAAGCAAACACAAGGUGUUCGACUUAAGGCUCUAUCUGAGAAGUUGAAUUAUCCUCCGUUGGAUAGUGAUGAUGUGGCAUCUUCAAAUAUCCACCUUCGUGGAAGGCAUUUUAGACCGGAGAAACCCAGUGUGGAACCUGAAGUCAGCAUUCGUGGAUUAAGCAGGGUGAAAAGACGCAAAUUUCGAGGGGCAAGAAGAGCUUGCACUGCCUCAUCUUUUAGAGAGGUGGGUGGUCCAAAUGAGUUGUCUGUGGCUUCUAACUCAUUUGCUCAGGGUUCAGUGUACCCAAAGUAUGGUGCGGAAGAAGAAGAAGAAGAAAAAGAAUAUGAUGAGCGAAAUGUCACUCAGACGCCUAAUUGUGGGAUCCCUUUUAAUUGGUCGAGAAUUCAUCAUAGGGGCAAAUCUUUCCUUGACAUUGCAGGAAGGCGUUUCUCUUGUGGUUUAUCAGACACUAAGCUAAGGAAAGGUGGGGCAGGUCCCAAUGGAAGAAACGUUACCGGAAUGCCUGUGGAAUCCGAUCAAUCAAGCUCAUCUGCAAAACCCAAUGCUGAGGUGCUGCCCCUUCUGGUUGAGGCAUCUGGAUCUCAGGACAGUGCAGCGAAUGCUGGUUGGUCGAAUGACUAUUCAGGGGAGCUUGGUAUAUUUGCUGAUAAUUUAUUGAAGCGCAAUGUUGAUUCUGACCUUGCUUCUGAAGCAGGAUAUGGUGAUAAACGCAAAUUAAGCCGGAACCUUCAUGGCAGGCACCAAAAUCUGACUCAGAAAUACAUGCCGAGAACUUUUAGAGACCUUGUUGGACAAAAUUUAGUAUCACAAGCCCUUUCAAAUGCUGUCGUGAGAAGGAAGGUAGGAUUACUAUAUAUCUUUUAUGGACCUCAUGGAACCGGAAAAACUUCAUGUGCUCGGAUUUUUGCUAGAGCUUUGAAUUGUCAGUCACUUGAACAACCCAAACCUUGUGGCUUUUGCAAUUCUUGUAUCUCACAUGACAAGGGGAAGAGUCAAAAUAUAAGGGAAGUUGGUCCUGUUGGUAAUUUUGACUUUGAGGGUAUUAUGGAUCAACUUGAUAAUAUGACAAUCACUCGGCUGCCUUCACAGUACAGAGUUUUUAUAUUCGACGACUGCAAUAGUUUGUCCACUGAUUGUUGGAGUGCCAUAUCAAAGGUCAUUGAUCGAGUGCCAAGGCGUAUAGUUUUCAUUUUUGUCAGUUCAAGUCUUGAUAUUCUGCCUCAUAUAAUCGUGUCCAGGUGUCAGAAAUUUUUUUUCCCGAAACUGAAGGAUGCAGAUAUCAUUUAUGCAUUGCAACGGAUUGCAUCCAGGGAGGAUAUUGAAAUCGAGAAAGAUGCUCUAAAACUGAUUGCAUCGCUAUCGGAUGGGUCUCUGAGGGAUGCUGAGAUGACACUAGAGCAGCUGUCUUUGCUUGGGCAAAGAAUUUCUGUUCCUCUGGUCCAGGAACUGGUCGGUCUUAUCUCCGACGAAAAGUUGGUUGAUCUUCUUGAUCUAGCAUUAUCUGCGGAUACAGUAAACACCAUAAAGAGCUUGAGGGUGAUAAUGGAAACUGGUGUGGAGCCUUUAGCAUUGAUGUCACAACUUGCUACAGUGAUAACCGAUGUUCUUGCUGGCAGUUAUGAUUUCUCUCAAGAAAGGCACAAAAGGAAGUUCUUUCGACGACAGCCAUUGUCCAAAGAAGAUAUGGAGAAACUACGACAAGCAUUGAAAACGUUAUCUGAGGCUGAAAAACAACUGAGGAUGUCAAAUGACAAAUUAACAUGGUUAACGGCAGCUUUGCUUCAGCUUGCUCCUGAUCAGCAGUAUAUAUUGCCUAUUUCUUCUUCUGAUACCAGUUCUCGUCAUAGUCCAUUGCCUCUAAAUGAUUUGGGUGGAAGAGAAAUAGUCCGUAAAGGUGGUGAGCUUGUCGAGCUGCGUAAUAACAACACUAGAGUGUUGUCAACAAAUGCUAGGCCUGAAAAUCUCUAUGCCGGAAGUUCAGCGGAUUUUGAAACCAGUAUCAUGAAGGGUAAGAGACAUGCUUUUGCUGGGAUGGCUCCUCAAAGUGUUGCAGAAAAUCGCAACGGAACUGAAGGAAUUUGGUUGGAAGUGCUCCAAAAGAUUCAAGAUGAUAGUCUGAAAGAGUUUUUAUAUCGAGAAGGAAAGUUGAUCUCUGUCAAUCUUGGAGCAGCUCCAACUAUCCGGUUGACGUUCAGUUCACAGGUGACUAAAUCUAAGGCGGAGAAAUUUAGGGGGCAUAUUUUACAAGCAUUCGAGUCAGUUCUUGGUUCUCCUGUGACAAUCGAAAUUAGAUGUGAGGCAAAGAAAGAUGUCUAUCAUGGACUUCUUGAUAUACCACCUUCAGGGGAUGGUCCAUCUCAAAUAGUCAUGGAUCCGGAGUCUAAUUCCAGAAAUAGGAUGCCUAGUGCAUCUUUUGGUGAUAUUAGCAAAAAGCCUAUGAGAGAUAGAGAUGCCGGAGUCAGCCCCCAAGCUCAGCUGUUGCACCAUGAAUCUCUUGAAGCCGGACGGAGUGAAAUUGUUGUAAUACCAACUUCUCUACGAAAAGCCAAGGAUAAUGAACAUGCCAGCAACGUAGAAUCUAACCGAAGAGAUUCAACGGUGGCCGAUGCUGCAGCUUAUAGGAAAUCGACAUCAGCAUCUACCUCGGGAAGACGGAAAGCUGGGGAGCUAAGUCAGAGUCAUAGCAUUGUUCGAAGUAAGGUAUCCCUUGCACACGUAAUUCAGCAUGCCGAAGGACGUAAGCAGCGAAAUGAAUGGUCAAAGCACAAUGCAAUGUCCAUUGCUGAGCAGCUUGAAAAGGAAAACCUGAGAUUGGAACCUAGGUCAAGAAGCUUGCUUUGCUGGAAAGCAUCUAGAGUAACUCGUCGGAAGCUCUCUCGAUUGAAGACUCGGACACGAAGACCACAUCCAAUAUUGAAGCUUGUAUUGUGUGGAAAAUGUCUCUCUUCAAAAUCUUCAAGACGUUGAUGUUGUCAAGCCUUCUUCCAUCUUCCAUCCGACCAUGGUUGAUCACGGAUUUGAUUUCCGCACUCAAUGGCACAUAUCCAUCAGUUCAUGAGACAUGCAUUCAGCUCAGCCUCAGCACAUAUUUGUUGUGAAAUUUUUUCAUCUUUAUGCAACCAUUAAUGAUGUCGAUCCUACUCCCACUUCCAGUCUGACCAUGGUUGAUUGCGGAUUUGAUUUCCGUGAGCACAUAUCCAUCAUUUCAUGAUACAUGCAUUCAGCAAAGCCUCAGCACAUAUUUGUUGUCCAUAACCUUGUCUAACCUUCUGGUUCCGUCCGACCAUGGUUGAUUGCGGAUUUGAUUUCCACACUCGAUGGCAAAUAUGCAUUCGGCUCAGCCCCAACACGUAUUUGCAAUGAAAUUUUAUCAUCUUUAUGCAGACAUUAAUGCCAUCGAGCCUUCUUCCGCUUCCAUCCAACCAUGGUUGAUUGCGGAUUUGAUUUCUGUAUUCAAUGGCCCAUAUCCGUAAGUUCACUAUACAUGCAUUGAACUCAGCCUCAACACAUACUUGUAAUGAACUUUAUCAUCUUUAUGCAACUAUUAAUGUCGUCAGGCCAUCUCCGACUUUCACCCGGCCAAAUAUUGACUUCAACAGUAUGAUGGUUGAUUGCGGAUUUGAUUUCCGUGAUCAAUGGCACAUUCAUCUGUUCAUGAUACAUGCAUUCAACUUGGCCCCAGAAUGUUUUUGUACUGAACUUUUUAUCAUCUUUAUGCAACCAUUAAUGUCGUCGUGCCGGCAGAAGAUGACUUACACCCUAUGAUGGUCAGUUCCGAAUUUGAUUUCCGAGUCCGAUGACACAUAUCCAUCAAUUCAUGAUACAUGUAUUCAGCUCAGUCUCGGCACAUAUUUUUUUGUGAAUUUUUAUCAUUUUUAUGCAACUAUUAACGUCGUUUAGUA